AUGCCUCAGAAAACCUCUCAGCAGGAAAUGAAUGCCCUGUUUCAGGUCCACAUGCAACAGCUUGCUGUCUGUAUCCAGGAGCCUCUGACUGCUUCCAUGCUGUCAACCUCGUCCCUUGAGAACCACAAAUAAAGUCUGUGUGAGUCUGGCAUCCAUCUCUGUUUUCAAUUCACUUCCUCAUUCAAGAACUUGUGACCCUCCAUUCCAUGGUCAUUUAUGAUGGUUUAUUUUACUCUCCCUCCCUGCAGGUCAGACACUUUACCUCCUGAUUCACACCACACACCCCAGUCUGGCUCCAGAAAUCACAGGCAUGAUCGUGGAGCUGGAAAACUCUGAGCUGCUUCCCAUGCUGGAGUCCCCACAGACCCUUCCCACCAAGGUGGAGGAUGCAUCCGCUGUCUACGAAGCCCACGUGGCCCAAGCCAAAACACCUGCCCCAAUAGCUUAA